AUGCCUCCCAAAGCUUCUACACGUACCAGAAAGAGCACAGGCUCUACCUCUACGCGUGCUUCGUCGACUACGAAGCGCGCUUCGAUGGGCUCCAGUGCCUCGUCUCGCAAGCGCGUAGCGCCUGAGGGCGAGGAUACCAAGGGCAAGCGUAUGCGCACGUCCACACUGAACGUGGCACCUGCGCCUGUCCCUGCACUCCAUGCCUCCGAUUUUGAGGCAGGGAAGGCAGGUGUACGUAGCAUGGGCGCUCUCUUCGCUACGCAGCAGGCUCUGUCCUCCACGACGUCCGACCACGUCGUGGCGCGGAAGCUGUUUGUUUGGGGGACAGGUGAGGCGGGCCAACUGUCCCUGGGUGGCCCUGACGACGAUAACAUCAACAAGCUGACCAAGCCCAAGCCUUUUGGCAACAAGGCCCUUUCUGUGCAGACAGAUGCAGGUGAGCUUGGCGUCGGUGGUGCUGAGAUGAUUGCUGCUGGCGGUAUGCAUACGCUUGUGAUCGAUGCCAACGGUCGCAUUUUGUCGUGCGGUAGUGACGAUCACGGCACUCUAGGCCGAGAGUAUCGUGAGUCCGAUGCGUCUGUGGACGAAGACGAAUGCUACUAUGUCUUGCGCCCUGUCGAUGGCAUUUCGCCUGAUGGCAAAAAUGCAGCCCCCGGCAAGGAUGGACGUGUUGUGCAAUUCCGUGCCACUCGUGCAGCUGCUUCGGAUGGCUGCAGUGUCGCUCUUGAUGCGGAGGGCCGUCUUAUGACAUGGGGUCAUUUUAAGGAUGCGGAGGGCAAAGUCUGCUUCUCUGAUACCGAUGCGAAUGGGGCACCGAAAGAGCAAUGGUCGCCUGUUGCCCUCGCAGCAUUGGAAAAUGAGCGUUUCGCUCAGGUAGCUUGCGGAGAGAAUCACGUCUUGGCCCUCACGCUGGAUGGUCGCGUGUACUCCUGGGGCCUCAACAGCAUGUCGCAGCUCGGUCGCUUUGCAAAUAUCUAUCAUAUCCGCGCUCGCUACGAGAAGCGUGAUCCGCCGGCCAGUAUGCUACUCACACCGGCGGUCAUCCCCGAGCUGAAGAAUAUCACCCACAUUGCCUGUGGUCUGAACGCAAGCUUUGCUGUCGAUGCUGAUGGUCGCGUGUUUGCCUGGGGUCUCAACACUCGGGGUCAAACCGGCACGGGUCUGAAAAAGACUACGGUGACACGCCCCACACGUAUCAAGGCAUUGGAGCCGUCACAUGUGGGUGGGGCUCAUGUCGUGCAAAUCGCUGGCGGUGAGUUCCACACAGCCUUUUUGCUCUCGAACGGUCAAGUAUGGAUCUGCGGUGAUAGCGACGAAGGAAAACUAGGCUUGUCAUCAACGCAUGAGAUAUUCCAAAAUGCGCAGGAUGGUUCGCCUGUGCUCCUUCGCUCCCCUGUGCAAGUGCCUAUGCCCCAGCCGCCAUCGCAUGCGUCGGCAAAUGCCAAGAACGUCGAUGGAUCUACCUCGAUCAUUGGCAUUGCAGCCGGUAUGCGCUUUACCUUCGCGCUGGCCGCGGAUGGUACGCUGUAUUCAUGGGGCACGACAUCCGACGAGGCUAUGGGCCAACCAGCCGAACAAUGGGGCGAGGACCAAAGCAAAGCUACUCCUUCGCCUGUGCCGAUGCCUGGUGAGCCGGGUGCAUGGUCCAUUGUGAGUGUGGCCACCGCUGGCCAACACUCUCUGGCCCUUGCUGCACGUGCACCUUGA